AUGCGUUGGACAUCACUCGUGGCCUUGGGGGCCUUGGCCGCUAGUGUCACGGCACAGGACGGCGGAGCAGUGUUUGCGAGACAGAAUGAUUCCUAUGCUGAGCCGUCCGGCGCAUACUCAGUUGCCCCUCUGCCAGAAGCCUCUUCUUCGGCUUCACCUGAGCCUUCACCUUCGCCAUCUCCCUCGCCUGAACCUCAGCCCUCGUCGGGACCGGCAGCGACUCCCUCGGCCUCAGCUACCAAGGAGCCCGCUGCAGAACCGGCUUCUUCCGCUGAAGCCCAGCCCGCUCCCACAACCACCAGCGCCGACAAGCAGACGCCAGACUAUGGCACCGAUACCGAUGACUGCAGCCACUGGGCCUCGAAGUGCCCCUGGGGAAAGACUGUGACUGUCACAGAGAAGCAGAUUUCGACUGUCACCGAGAAGCAGGUCUCUACCGUCACCGAAAAGCAGGUCUCGACAUUGACCGUUGAGAAGCCGGUUGUUUCCACUCUCACGAUCGUCUCCAAAGAGACCGUGUACACCACGCAAGCCUUCACUACAACAGACUACGAGACCAAGACAAUUGUGAAGGUUUCCUCCUACCCUGUGACUACCACGGUGGCUCUUUGCGACCCUAUAGAUGCCCCUGGCCCUACCACCUCCGCCGUGCCAACGUAUGGAGGCGGCUAUGGCAGGAAGCGAACUCCUCAGCAAGUCUGCCGGACGACCACGACCACGAUUUGGAAGACGAGCACGACAAAGGUUACAGAGCUCGUCCCAGUUCCCACCACAAUCGUACAGACGCAGAAGCAGACAGUCCAACUCCCUCCGUCCAUCUCCAUCGAGACGCAGAAGGAGACGAUUCGUCUUCCUCCCUCCAUCGAGACGCAACAGGUCACGCAGACGCGAGAGGUCACUGCUACUCGGAUCCAUACUUCCGUCUCGACUUUGAUCUCCACUGUUGUUUCGACGGAGAUCAUUCCCACGACAGUGAUCUCAAGCAAGACUCAAUACGUGACCACCACCUACACCACGUUGAAGACCUACUAUAUCACGGACACCAUUACAGAGACUCAGCCGCCAACAACGAUCUUUGAGACCAGAGAGCGAACCGCAACAAUCACUCAGCCUGUGACUCGGACGGCCACUCAGAUAUCAACGACCACAAUCAUCUCGACCCUUGUCUAUACGACAAGCAUCCCGUACACUAUUACCUCUGAUCACACAAUCACCAAGACUUCGUACUCUGUUUCAACUUUCACUAGUCUCGUCACCUACACUUCGCCAGACGAUUCGAGAGACGUUUUACUCGACUGUUGUGGAGACCUCUGUGAGAACGAUAGUUUCUUCCUAUCCAGUCACUCGAACGGUCACGCAGACCUCACCUCCGCAGACGGUCACUCAGCCUGCUUCAACAGUGACCCUUCCACCAGUCACAACUACGACAACGAUUUCUGGGGAGGCCGACCCGGAGAGACGGUUACCCUGCCGCCCGAGACGGUCAUCACUACGAUUGCCGGCGAAAUCACAACUAUCACCUUGCCCGCUUCAACCAUCACAGUUCCUGUGACCGCCACUAUCACGGGGCCCGGAGAGACGGUAACGCGUCCCGGAGAGACAAUUACCCUGCCGCCCGAAACGAUCAUCACUACGAUUGCCGGUGAAAUCACGACUCUUACCUUGCCAGCAUCUACAAUUACUCUGCCGGGAGUCACGGAUGUCAUCACCGUCACACCUCCCCCUGCAACCAUCACUCUUCCCGGAUCGACUGUGGUUUCGACAAUUGCAGGCGAGCUAACGACAAUAACCUUACCCGGAACCACAUUGACUCUGGUCACCACUCAAGUGAACACGAUCACUCUGCCCCCCUCUGUGACGACUUUGCCUGGUUCAACAAUUGUGACUACGGUCGUCGAAACUGCGCCUGCAUCGACAUUGACCAUCACUCGAGACGGUUCGACAAUAACCAGCAUCGCGCCAGGGCCAACGUCUUUCGUCAUUUCGACCUUGACGUUGCCCCCCGUCACCGUUACCUUGCCACCUUCGACGGUCACAGAGAUUACAGCUUGCCCUGCCCCAACGAACACUCCCGGAUUGAACUCUGCGGUCGAAUAUAACCCAAAGUCAAACCUCACAUGGGGCUGUCAGCCCGGAUAUGUCUGCAACCCUCCCAAGCCUGCCGGUUGUAACCUGUGGGCAGAUCCGCCAGCAGACGAUUAUGUCUGCGCUCCGCAGAACUGUAUUCCAGCACCGCCUGUCACUCUAGCAAAUUGGAAGGAGAACGAGACAAGCUACUACCCAGUGAACGAGGGAUACUUCAACCUGAACCCCAAUGCCUUUGGCCUUCCCUUUGACAUCUUUGAGUACGAGGUAAUCGUUUCCAAGGUGAAGGGUAAAAAGGGACACAAGAAGACGACCAUCACGACUGGCAACUGGGCUUCAGCCACGGAGUUGACUCAUUUCCCUCCGACUGCUCAGCCCACAACCACAUCUUCCCCUGCUCCUACAUCCUCCGCUGAGAUUGGCAAACACGCCUACAAGCAUAAGCAGGAGGGCAAGACCUACGAGCGUCGUGCUUUCAUUGGCAAGCGAGAUGUCACGAUCGCUCCUGCCAUCUGCUUCGACAAUUGUAACAAUGUUUAUAUCGAGGUCCAAACGGUGGGCAAAAACCCUCAGAUUUGCUUAGCGGGCUCCGCCUUCCAAAUGAACCUCGAGACUUGCAGACAAUGCGUGAUAGACAACGCCGAUGACGGGAAGGAGACCCUCCGCCUUUACAUCGAACCACAAUUCCAGCAGUGGCUAGUAUACUGCACCGGCGAGGCACCGCAGACUUCGUCUUCCGCAACUAUCCUGCCACCCCAGAGUCAGGCAAGCGGCACGGCUACACUCACGACAGCAAGCCAGGGGGCUGGUUCUAGUGAUACUUCGGCCGUCCCUAUUCCGGGGUCAACCACAACCACCACUGCUGAGGUGUCUACCACCGUUACAUCCACUCCGACUCCCACGCCGUCUCCUAGCACGAGCGUGGCAGCGUCUUCCACACCCUCCACCGCGAGCACGGCAUCCAGCUCCCAGUCGUCAUCCAGCUCUAGCCCUUCGGUCUCUUCAACGCUAUCUGACACGACCUCCGCGGCGACCAUUAGCUCCGGAACCACCGCACGGGUCAAGCGCUUCAAGUCAAUCAAGUGCUUCAGCAACCGCGUCAUCACUCUCCAUGGCAACUUCAUCUUCGGCAUCAUCAUCACCAUCGGGAACAGCGACAAGCGGUGCCGGUUCGAUUCCGUCGGCAUCAAGCCCUUCAGAAUCCAGGUCUGCCGGUCCAACCACCUCGGCCGGGUCAGCAUCCACAGCAAGUGGCGGGACUGGAGGCUCUACAUCCGAAACCUCGGCGCCAUCCUCGACUGUGACUUCUCCAAGCACCACUACGACAGGUCCCGUCACAGCCGCAGCAGUCAAGCCCGCCACCUCGAUUAUCCUCGCCAUACUGGCGCCGCUUAUGGUUCUUCUACUCCUCUAAUUCGCAUUCGAUCCUUCUGA